AUGUCGGCCGAAAAGUCUGUCAAUGUGCAUGUCCGGCCGGGCAAUGAGACGGGCAUCUACUACAUCCUCCUCGGUUAUCUAGCUCCAAAUGUAUUUUGGCGGCCACUCAAGAGUUGGAUAAGCCGAGAGGCCAAGUGCAAGGUCGACAAGGUCGAAGUCUUUCUCGACACCCGUUCGGGAUGGGUCCGCCUUGUGGGCAGGGACAAUUUUGAGAGAGCAUGGGCGAAACUUAAGCUCGCCCCUGAGUAUCAGGGAAGCCCCAUCGUAGCUACUAUUGGAAACCUCAACCAAUCAUGCACCAUCGCGAGCAAGGUUGACCAGCCAGAUUCUCAGAAGGAGGAGCAGCAGCAACAACCACAACGGCAGCAGCAACAACAGCAGCAACAACAGCAGCAACAACAGCAGCAACAACAGCAGCAACAACAGCAGCAACAACAGCCCCAGCAAUACCCCCAGCAACAGCAGCAGAAUCUGCCUCCGCCUGUGGUGGCCUAUUCGCAAACCCCAGGUUACCCCCCUGCUGCUCAAGGUCACCAAGCCGCUGCAUCGUCAACUACGUCUCCCCAGUAUUCUUCGACAUCUGGACAGUACUACGCGGCUGGCUAUAACCAGGCUGGAGGCUCGAGUUACUCGGGUCAAUCUAUGCCGAUGCAAGGCUACCCUCUCCAGCCGACAGGAACGACAGACUAUUACGGCUACGGCGGUUCCAAUGCUGGCCCUUCGUCAGGCGUUGGAUACUCUUCCGGUUACCAAUAUGACGGCAAUCAGUUUGCCCUGCCCUACCGUGACCAACAAGAUGCAUCGGCGUACUAUGCCGGGGGAAGUGUCCCAGGAGCACCAGGAGCACCAGGACAGGAGCCAGCGUACCAGACAGAGACAGGGGCAGAAUUUGUCACGACAGAAGCCCGGAAGAUACAUGUGUCGCCGUUUCCUCAGAAAGAAUCCCGUAAAGACGUCGAGAGGUGGAUCCGACAGAGGAUCUAUGAGAAGCAGACGAUCGACAGUAUCGAAGUUCCCAUGAACGGGACCAAAAAAUACCUCCGAGGCCACGCCUUGGUCAUUUUUGACAGCGCCUCGUCAGCAGCCAAGGCCAUGGAACAGCUAAACAAGACAAGCUACCAAGGACGCAAAAUCAAAGCGCGGACCGCAGCGGAGGGCGUCGCGGUGGGUGAGGGUAGCACCCAAAAGGGACCCCGAAACGAUCGCAAUAAGGGAGACAAGCCACAGAGACCAAGGCAUAGAGAGCCCGACAGGAAGUGGUCAUCGUCUGACAAGAAGUCGUCUUCGUCUGCUAAGAAGAGUUCCAAGACGUCUUCAUUGCCGGACAAGGACAAGAAGGGUAGCAGCAGCACUAGGGAUCUGCCUCCCCCUCUCGUGGUUGACGGCAGCAACCGCAGGCAUGACAAGCCCCCUCUCGUGGUUGACGGCACCAGCCGCAGGCAUGACAAGCGUUGA